UGUCCUACAAGUUUAGAAUUAAUUCAGACAUGUGUAGUUGGUGAAAAUAGAGGCCGGGUGUCAUGUACAGAACACAUGGAGGAGUAGUUAUAAAGCGUUAUAACGGAAGCGUCCUUCAGUUCUGUUCCGAUGACAGAUCCAUCCCACAGUUACACAGCGGACAUGGCCGCGUCCACCGGAGGAUCAUCCACCGAGAGCCUGCCCGCGGUCCAGAGGUUCCCCAUCAUAACCGGCAGGCCCCCGGAGGCCAGCCCCGGUAAGGACCCGGAGCAGACCGGAGAACCGAAGAAGAAGCCGUGCAGGGCUUGUACCGACUUCAAGUCGUGGAUGAAGGUCCAGAAAACGCCGCAGAGCCCAGCAGCAGCGUCACAGGCGGCCCAGGCUGAGCGUGUGGAGCCCCAGCGGCAGCCGGAGUGUCCGCCGGACAGGGAAGAGUUAGGGCGUAACACCUGGUCCUUCCUGCACACCAUGGCAGCCUACUACCCAGACCGGCCCUCCCCCAGACAGCAGACAGACAUGGGACAGUUCAUCAACCUCUUCUCUAAGGUCUUCCCCUGCCAGGAGUGUGCUGAGGACCUGCGGACAAGGUUGAAGACCAAUCAGCCAGACGCCAGUAGUCGUCAUGCCCUCUCCCAGUGGCUGUGUGGCAUCCAUAACGACGUUAACGCUCGGCUGGGGAAGCAGCGGUUUGACUGUUCCCGCGUGGAUGAGCGGUGGAGGGACGGAUGGGAGGAUGGGAGCUGUGACUGAUCAAUCCAUUGAUUGAUUGAUUUAAUUGAUUUGUUCGUUACUAUAGCUGGGAACUCAGAGAUACAGAAGACGUCUAGUGACACCCUGUCCCCAUAUAUAGUACUGUUUAGGGAACGAUAUGGCAUCUGAGACAGAGACAAAUGUAAUAUUCUCUGAUUGGCUACGGAUCUCUCUGCUCUGUCCAUAUCAAAAUGAUGCACACUAUCAAUCUGUUGUGCAGUGCAUUCAGAAAGUAUUCAGACCCCCCUGGACUCAUUCCACAUGUUGUUGUGUUUCAGCCUCAGUUCAAAAUGGAUGACAUUGUUUUUUUCCCCCCUCACCCAUCUACACACAAGACCCCAUAAUGACAAAAAGUGAAAAUGUGUUUUUAGAU